AAGGAGUCGACCCUUCACUUGGUCCUCCGUCUGCGUGGUGGUAUGCAGAUCUUCGUGAAGACCUUGACUGGCAAGACCAUCACCUUGGAGGUUGAGCCGUCGGACACGAUCGAGAACGUCAAGGCUAAGAUCCAGGACAAGGAGGGUAUUCCCCCAGAUCAGCAGCGUUUGAUCUUCGCCGGUAAGCAACUGGAGGACGGACGCACCCUGUCGGACUACAACAUCCAGAAGGAAUCGACUCUUCACUUGGUCCUCCGUCUUCGUGGUGGUAUGCAGAUCUUCGUGAAGACCUUGACUGGCAAGACCAUCACCUUGGAAGUUGAGCCGUCGGAUACCAUCGAGAACGUCAAGGCUAAGAUCCAGGACAAGGAGGGUAUUCCCCCAGAUCAGCAGCGUUUGAUCUUCGCCGGUAAGCAACUGGAGGAUGGACGCACUCUGUCCGACUACAAUAUCCAGAAGGAAUCGACUCUUCACUUGGUCCUCCGUCUGCGUGGUGGUAUGCAGAUCUUCGUGAAGACCCUCACUGGCAAGACCAUCACCUUGGAGGUUGAGCCGUCGGACACGAUCGAGAACGUCAAGGCUAAGAUCCAGGACAAGGAGGGUAUUCCCCCAGAUCAGCAGCGUUUGAUCUUCGCCGGUAAGCAGCUGGAGGAUGGACGCACUCUGUCCGACUACAAUAUCCAGAAGGAGUCGACCCUUCACUUGGUCCUCCGUCUGCGUGGUGGUAUGCAGAUCUUCGUGAAGACCCUCACUGGCAAGACCAUCACCUUGGAAGUUGAGCCGUCGGAUACCAUCGAGAACGUCAAGGCUAAGAUCCAGGACAAGGAGGGUAUUCCCCCAGAUCAGCAGCGUUUGAUCUUCGCCGGUAAGCAACUGGAGGAUGGACGCACUCUGUCCGACUACAACAUCCAGAAGGAGUCGACCCUUCACUUGGUCCUCCGUCUGCGUGGUGGUAUGCAGAUCUUCGUGAAGACCUUGACUGGCAAGACCAUCACCUUGGAGGUUGA